UGACGUUGUCACGGGGCCGCUCGUGCACGGACGCGGACGCGGGCUCGCGCUGCUGGAACACCGGGCAGUUGGUCCGCGCGGCCGCCGCCGCCGCCGCCAUGCACGACGCGUACGAGCCGGUGCCCAUCCUGGAGAAGCUGCCGCUGCAGAUCGACUGCAUGGCUGCCUGGGAGGAUUGGCUUCUUGUUGGUACCAAGCCAGGACAUCUCCUCCUCUACAGGAUCAAGAAGGAAUUGGGUAACAACAAAUUUGAAGUCUUAUUAGAAAAGUCUAACAAAAACUUUUCAAAGAAAAUUCAACAGCUUUAUGUGGUAUCCCAAUUUAAGAUACUGAUUUCACUUUUGGAAAAUAAUAUUUAUGUUCAUGAUUUACUCACAUUCCAACAAAUUACAAUGGUUGCAAAGGCCAAAGGGGCCAGUCUCUUCUCAUGCGAUUUGAAGCGAUCUGACAGCGAUGAGCUGACUCUCAAUAUGUGUGUCGCUGUGAAGAAGAAACUGCAGCUUUACUGCUGGCGGGGUCGGGAGUUCCAUGAAGCACAGGCAGAUUUCAGUGUUCCUGAUGUUCCCAAAUCUAUGGCCUGGUGUGAGAACUCCAUUUGUGUGGGCUUUAAAAGGGAUUAUUUUCUUAUCAGGUUAGAUGGAAAAGGUUCAAUAAAGGAACUUUUCCCGACUGGAAAGCAACUAGAGCCUCUUGUGACUCCCUUGGAGGAUCAGAAGGUGGCAGUUGGACAAGACGACUUAACAGUGGUGCUGAACAAGGAUGGAAUCUGCACACAGAAGUGUGCCCUGAACUGGACAGAUAUCCCUCUUGCUAUGGAACAUCAGUCUCCUUAUAUCAUAGCAGUGCUGCCACGAUAUGUGGAGAUUCGUACCUUUGAGCCACGGCUACUGGUACAGAGUGUGGAGCUGCAAAGGCCCCGGUUUAUCACGUCUGGAGGAUCUAACGUUGUCUACGUGGCCAGCAAUCACUUUGUGUGGCGUCUGGUACCUGUUUCAAUUGCAACUCAGAUCCGACAGCUGCUUCAAGACAAGCAAUUUGAACUGGCUUUGCAGCUUGCUAAAAUGAAGGAUGAUGCAGACAGCGACAAAUGGCAACAGAUUCAUCACAUUCAGAACCUUUUUGCUUUCAAUCUAUUCUGCCAGAAACGCUUCGAUGACUCCAUGCAGGUUUUUGCUAAGCUUGGCACAGAUCCUACACAUGUGAUUGGGCUGUACCCAGACCUAUUGCCAGCAGACUUCAGGAAACAACUUCAGUACCCAAAUCCUCUUCCCACACUAUCUACUGCAGAGUUGGAGAAAGCACAUUUAGCACUCAUAGACUACUUGACUCAGAAACGAAUGCAUUUAGUAAAGCAGCUGCAUGAUUCAGAUCCCUCUACCACUUCGCCACUCAUGGAGGGAACCCCGACCAUCAAGUCAAAGAAAAAAUUGCUGCAGAUUAUCGACACAACAUUAUUAAAGUGUUACCUUCAAACUAAUGUGGCACUUGUGGCCCCAUUGUUACGGCUGGAAAAUAACCAUUGUCACAUUGAGGAGAGUGAGCAUGUCCUGAAGAAAGUGCAGAAGUACAGCGAGCUGAUUAUUCUGUAUGAAAAGAAGGGUCUACACGAGAAAGCUUUGCAAGUCUUGCUAGAUCAGGCAAAAAAAGCCAAUUCACCAUUGAAAGGACAUGAGCGAACUGUGCAAUACCUGCAAAGACUGGGGAAAGAAAACUUGAAUAUUAUUUUUGAAUUUUCUCUCUGGGUCCUCAAAGCAUGUCCUGAAGAUGGAUUAAAGGUAUUUACAGAAGAUCUCCCCGAAGUGGAAAAUCUACCAAGGGACAAAGUAUUGGAAUUCCUGAAGGAAAGCUGCAAGGACCUUGCUAUUCCAUAUCUGGAACACAUCAUUUAUACCUGGGAUGAAACGGGGUCAGUCUUCCACAACUGCCUGAUCCAAUUGUACCGUGAAAAAGUACAAGCCCUCAUGAAGGACUACCUGAACUCUCUACCUGAGGAUGAGAUCCCUGUUCCUGCUGGAAAGGAAGAAGGGGAGUUGGGAGAAUAUAGAAACAAGCUAUUGGCAUUUUUGGAAAUCUCAUCACAUUAUCAGCCCAACAAGCUCAUCAGUGACUUCCCAUUUGAUGGAUUGCUGGAAGAGCGAGCACUGCUGAUGGGUCAAAUGGGUCUACACGAGCAAGCUCUUUUUAUUUACGUGCACGUAUUAAAAAAUAUUAAAAUGGCGGAGGAAUACUGUCACACGCACUAUGACUGGAGCAGAGAUGGUAACAAAGAUGUGUACCUUUCUUUAUUGCGUAUGUACUUAUCACCACCUGACAUUCAUUGUGUGGGACCAAUCCGAUUGGAGGUACCAGAGCCACAGGCAAACCUGCAGGCUGCACUGCGAGUGCUGGAACUACACCAUAACAAACUGGACACGACAAAGGCUUUGAAUCUGCUUCCUGCCAACACACAAAUCCGAGAGAUUCAGGUAUUUCUGGAGAAUGUGCUUGAAGGAAAUGCUCAGAGGCGACGCUCGAAUCAAAUUAAGAAAAGCCUUCUUCAUGCAGAAUUCCUUCGUAUCCAAGAGCAGAGGAUUUACCAUCAGGAGGUGAAAUGUAUCAUUACUGAAGAGAAAAUCUGUCGUGUCUGCAAGAAGAAAAUCGGAAACAGUGCGUUUGCCCGUUAUCCCAAUGGUGUUGUCGUCCAUUAUUUCUGCUGCAAAGACCGAAAUGUUUGUCCCACAGAGACGUGAACGUGCCAGCUCAUUUGAAAUGCAGGAAUCUAUUUGCUGUCAGGAUGGACAUUUGGAUAAGAUGGUUUGGGCAGGUAUCCUGCCUUUCACUGAAGGAUGAGCAACUGCUGGGCAACGAACACGCACUGUGUGUGAUAAUAUACUAUUAAUGUUAAUGAUUUUAUUAAUAAAUCUGUAUAUACUAUUACUGGCAUGUUAGCUUUCUGCUUACAUUGGGGGAUUAGUAUAAAACUGGAAACUGUUUCCUGUGUAAAGUUGUAUAUUUGACUUCUGCCACUUUAUAAAGACAGUUGCACUACAUGAUGAUAAAUCCCCAGGUCUGGAAGCACUGUGCUGAAGUACUUUGUUAAAGGGGCUGUUGAUUUUUAGCUUGGCAAAGGCAGGUGACAUUUUGAGUAUUGUUCUCAUUUACAUCAUGCCCCAAGCCCUUACUCAUAGCACUUUUCGUUGGUAACUCCUGAUUUUUAUUUUCACAUAAUUAUUGUUUAUUUGAGUGUUUACCUUCAUCUAUGAAAAACUACUACGCUCCCUAAGCAAUGCAUUGUACAGAAUAAUCUUAACUAUGGUGCAAGACUAUAUUUAGAUUUUGUGCUAAUGCUAUAAAAUACAUUGAACGAUCUUUCUAUUUAAGAUCUUGAAUCUGUAAAUGUUAAAAAGUUGGGUAAAUAUGCUUAAAACCCCAAAUUUUGAAAUGCUGAACCUUUCUUGUAUGUCUUGCCACUUUGUAUUUUUUCACUUUAACAUCCUACUUAAUAAAACAACAGUACAUAACCAUUUCCCACCUGUCUCGGGUUGGGGUAGGAGUUGUUACGCUGCUGUUGAUUUGGUUCCCUCUCUCCUCUGUCUUUUUAACUUUGAACAGAAUUCUUGUAGCUGAUACCUUGCAUCAAAGAUGAUAAAGUGUAGGUGUGUCAACCAGGUUAGUUUAUAAAGCUUCCCCACCCACAGUGAUUCAUUAUUCACUGUCUAUUGCUGUGUGCUUGGUUGUUAGAUUACUGUAUCAUUGCAAUCAUGUUUCAGUCACAAUACCUCUGAAGAGAGGAGAGAAAAAGUGUGCAGAAGUGUUCCUUUGGCUCUUGUAGUGACCAUAAAAUUAUAUUUUAAACCGUU